AUGCGAAAGUGGUCUACAGCUUGUUUUCGCCAUGGUUCCCCACUGGUGCGCAAUGCGCCACAUUAUCUUGGCUCCUACUCCAGGGCUAUAGUGAGCACCUGGUUUCUAUCCGAUGACCCAGCACUCAUUUUGGACCGUGACAUCGCAGGUCUUCAAGAUCUGCCAGAGCAAAAGCCAUCACAGACUAAGUGGCCAGGUGGAGAGGUGCUUCAGUGGCACAUCAAAUCACACGCUCCCAACAACACAAGUGCCCGAAGUGCGCACAGAGAUACGGGACAGCAACCGGAAUCUGGCCUCCAGGUGCAGAAAGAUCAGACAGCAAGAGGAUUUGAACGGAGGAGAAAAAGCAAGACGAAACGAGCCAUACAUCGUUUCUGAAAUGAGCCGGUGAUCUCCUUCAAUAACAAAAUAAUACAAAAUGCAGAAGCAACUCGCAAAAGCAAUCGAACCAUUUUCAUGAAGGAACCCAAGACAUGCCAGAGCAUGAAGACAUGCCAGAGCAUGAAGACAUGCCAGAGCAUGAACCGGGUUCGUGCUGGCAGGAUAUUUUUCCUGACCCUGUGCCCGAAAAUAUUACCUUGGCCACUGGAUAUUUUUUGUGUACCAUGUACGCCUGGGGGUUGUGCCCUUAGACGGCCAAUGAUUGGAACGUGGAAGCCAGAACGGAUCCCAAACCAUUUUUGGGGUCUGUGAAGAUGGAUGAAGAUGGCAGUUGGGUCAUGGAAGAUACGGAAGUAGAGGAGAAUUCUACUUGCCGGCUGCUCCCUUGAGAAGCAGAUGUGCUGUUUUUUCUGGUGUUUGUGAGGAGUGCUGCGCGCAAUGCAGUCAGAAACGGCUACGCCCAGAACCAGAAAGAAUUGGAAGCCCAAUGGGAAGAAACAAAUUCAAGUGCCCCUUUUGUGACUGCCUGCUAUGUGCAAGAGGGGGCCCCAGGCCUCCCUCCACACUUGGUUGGACGAGGUCCCGUUGCUGCAGUUUCCUUGGAGCCCUUAUCUCAGCUGCAUGUGCAGUUGAGGAACCCUGGUGGGCAGCUUCAUCGUGAAUGCUGUACACAAGACUAGGUUUCGGAUCCUCUACAUCUGCACCCAUCAGAUUGAUAUCAUGAAAGCACCUUCUCGGUGCAGCUGGCGCCAAGCAAUUUUUCGAUGCCAACGAGGAUGGGUGGGACACAACCGGGACCGGGGGCCGAGGUCAGGAACUUGGG